GGCAGGGCGGGCGCUGCGCCCACGUGGGGUGGGACGGGCGGCCCCACAGCGGGGAUGUGGGGUGAUGCUGUCAGCGGGGCGUGAGAGUCCCCUCUGUGCGCCUCCAGCCUGGGCGGUGAGGGAGGGUCUUGUCUGUCCUUUGUAGAAGCGGUGAAUGGAACUGUGCAUCGCUGCAAGUGAUGGGGUGCAGAGCAGGGAUUUAAGCAGCUGGGGGUGGUUUCCUGUAUUGUCAGUGGGGGGGGGGAAUACCCCAAAAGGGCAGAUGUGCUCUACCUGCAGUGCUGUGAUGCCAAGCCACAGGGCUCCCUCCAGUGCCAGCGCUCUGGGUGAUGCUGAACUCUUUAGGUGGGAUCUGUGCGUCUGCAGUGUUUGGAUAGGGAGGGAAACGUCUUGUUUGAUGCCCUCAGCUUGCGCAUGUCAGGUAAAUGAGAAGCUUGUGGCUUUGCAUGGAGCUGAGUGUCCUUGUCCCCCAUGCUGUGAGCGAGGCAGGGAUGGGAGAAGGGAGAAUCUGGGGUCCUUGAGGAUGUGCAGCAGUAAGGAUGUCAAGGUGCUGUUCUCAUUGCGUUGAUGGGGUUGGCCCGGCCGUGACGGAUGUGGGAGGGCUGGAGGGAGGCCCUAGGGAGGGCUGGUCUCCCAGAUGAGGAUUGCUGCUGGCUUCCCCACCCUCCACUUCCGUGUCCGAGCUGCUGGUCUGCCUGCUAGUGAGACACCAGCCCCAAGAUGGCUCUUCCAUGCCAUCGGGGCUGAAGACCCUCCUGCCUACCUCAUGCUGCGCUGCCAUCCAGCUCUGAUGCAGCCCCUUCUGUGCUCUGACACAAGGAUUUCAGGAUCUGUUCCCUCCCCUGGACUCUGGUUAGCCCUGCUCCGGGUAUGAGGGGCUCUCCUGCUCUGACAUCACGUGCUGCAGGUGAGGGUGUUGCCAGAGGCGUCCCAGUUCACAGCCCUUGGGAGCAGAGGAGUUUGGAUGUGCGCAACCUCAGCAAUCCCAAGGGCUCAGAGGGAUGCAGCUGAACAAUGUGCUUGGAGUUGGAUCUGAAACAUUGCUCUGGGGAAAAUUUUAUGAAGAAGGGUGGCAGGCGGGAGCUGGUGUUUUGAGGAAGGCUUGCUGUGAGAGCUGAAGCCCAGGCAAGUUGCACAGCACGGCAGCGUUGGGCAUUGCCAGCACGUUGCUGCCACAAACAUGCCUGUUGCAGGUGAGGAGGAAAAAGCUGGGGCUGCCCUGCAGCACAAGGCUCUGGGUGAUACAGGGGGCUGCCCCUGCUGCAUGCCCCCCAAAGUCCCCUUUCCCACGCAAUCCCCCAAGUCAUGGUGAAAUCCCAUGUGUGCCAAGCACAAGGGGAAGUGAAUCUGUCUGUCCCUUUUGCUUGUGUGGGUUUACAGGAAUUGUUGCCAUGGAGUGAGCAUUGUGGCCAUGGAACAGCCCUGGGGGAGAUGGUUUUGGGGCUGAGAUCUCUGUAGCUGCCUAUGGGGUGCAAAUGCACUGAGCAUCCUUGGGUGCAUUGUUCUUUCUCUCCCCUCUGCAUUUCUCCUUGCAGGAGAGGUUUCAUGCAGGAGCUUGGAGGCUGAGUGGUGCACUGCCUGUUAUGGCUGGAUGGUUUAGGCGGCUCGUGCAGAAGCCCAAGCCGAGCUCCAUCCACACAUCGAGUGGCUCUCAUAGCACUACCAGCCAAUCACUGUCGUCCUCACCCUCCUCCUUCUCCUCCUCUUCCUCUGCUUGGAGCUCCAGCUCCUCGAGCAGCACCAGCACAGCUCAGCCUGGCCGCCCAGCCCCAGUGGACAUCAGCAGCUCGAGCAGCGCACGCUGGGCGAAGAGCUACGAUGUGUGCAUCUGCCACAGCGAGAUGGACCUGGAGUUUGUGGAGGAGCUGGUGUCCUACCUGGAGAGCCAACCCCAGGGACUGCGCUGUUUCCUGCAGCUGCGGGACAGCGUGGCGGGCAGUGCUGUCAUGACAGAGCUGUGUGAGGCUGUGCAGAACAGCCACUGCUGGGUGAUGCUCAUCACCCCCAGCUUCCUGCAGGACCCCUGGUGCAGGUACCAGAUGCACCAGGCGCUAGCAGAGGCCCCCAUGGCCAAUGGGCGUACCAUCCCUGUGCUGAAGGACAUUGACAGGAAAGAUUACCCCAAGGAGCUGAGGAACCUCUACUACAUCUACACGGCUCUCAAGGAGAACAGCUUCAGGCAGAUCAGGGACACCGUGCUGCGCUAUCUGGAAGAGCUGUGCCGGAGCUCCACGAGUGGAAUGGAGUAGUGCCCACCGAGGGCACUUCUGUCUGAGCAAAGCUAGAGGCAUUUCCAUGGGCAUUUCAGUGCAAUAGGACAAAGUGGUGCCACUGGGGCCAGAGCCGAAGCCCCCUCACGUCACUGUUGGGCUGCCAUCACGCCUGCCCAGCUCCGCUGCCCCGAGGGUUCGGGCUCCAUGGGGACAAGGCUGGGGGCAGGGCAUCACUCGAGCACGUCAUGCAAACACUAAAUUCCCACCGGGGGAAAGCAGGGAGGGCUCCGCAGCGUCUUCUGAAGAUGAGGGCGCUCAGGGUGCCUGGAGCCUCCUGUGCAAGCUGACACCACGAGGAGCCUGCAGCUGGAGCGCGUUUGUGCUGCAGGGACAUCGCGUUGCACGUUGUAUGAGGAGAAAUGCGCGUCUGAUUUUUAACUCC